AUGGGUCAAAUAGCGUCCCUUCGACGAAGAGCCAAUGUCCCGAAUGUGACAAAUAGGACAGAUAACGAUGAUGAGAACUGUGAAAUGCAUCGCUUUUCCAGUCAUCCAGGAGCCUUUUUUGGUUCGUACUUCUUGCUGGGCGGUGAGCGAUAUGAUUUGGCAAAACCAGAAGCUUUUUUAUUUGGGGAGAAUGCAGAUUUAGAUAUACUUGGCAACAGAUCAGUGCAGUUUCCAUACUCGAGUCAACCAGUGAAUGAUCCGGUGAGGACUUUAAAUGCUUUAAUCAAUCUUCGCCGAGAUUCGUUAAAACUAACAAAAAGCAAAAACGAUACGUCAGAGAAUAACAAGAAUUCGUUUUGCUUGGAAUUCUAUUUCGACUGUGACAGUGCCUGUUACGUACAAAUUCACUUCUUUGCAAAAGAAUUUAUAAACGAUGGACGUAUACAAUUUAUACACAAGUAUCCUCAACUAAAGUCAUCUGAGCAGUACUAUUUUGAUGUUGGUGCAGAACAACAUUUCAACAAAUUCGUUAUGGAUGCUAGUGUAUAUGACCUUAGUUCCAUGCAUUACGAUAGCGGUUCCUACUUCCCGGUAGUUAUCGAGAUUCGUGCCGUUGAUUGUGGUAUUGAACAGAUGCAGUCAACAAUGGCUAGCAUCGAACAUGCAACCGAUCAGUGUGCGACUUUUGUUGUAAAAGCGCUCAAACAAAAACUGGUCGGUCUACUGUGUUUGGUCGAUUUUAUUUCUGUCUCAAUUGGGUUCAAAUGUCAGAUCAGAAGAAGGACAAGUAGACCUCCAAAAAAGCUAAAUCGAGAUCCAACAGGGCUGGAUUGAACUUUCCGGUUUGUCGUAUUCAUCGUUUGCUUCGUAAAGGGAACUACGCUGAUCGGAUUGGUGCUGGUGCUCCGGUGUAUCUUGCAGCAGUGCUAGAAUACUUAGCUGCUGAAGUUUUGCAACUGGCUGGAAAUGCGGCACGCGACAACAAUAAGAGCCGAAUCAAUCCCCGACAUUUGCAAUUAGCUAUACGGAACGACGAUGAACUGAGUGUGCUUCUUUCCGAUGUCACGAU